AUGUCUGCAUCUACACCAUUAUCAACGUCUAAAAUUAACGAUAAAUAUGAUAGAGAUGAAAUAACCGACCUUUAUGAUGAAUGUGCUAGAGACAAAGUAAUGAGUCUGACAAAAAAAAUUAAAACCAAAUCUCCUUCAUCAAUAUCCAACAUUAACAGUAAACGUGAUAGAGAUGAAACAGCAGGCCUUUAUGAGUUUAGUGUUGCAAGAUUCAUUAUUGUUAAGUGCCUCACAAGAUUGUACUAUGAAAUUGUUGAUCUUAGAGAUUUAAAAAAGACAAUGAAUACAUUUCAAGGAAGGUGUAAAGGCAAAUGGGAUAUUAAGAAACCAGUAGUUCAUCUAAGAGAAUAUAAUACACAUAUUGAUUGGAUCAGUAUUGUCGAUUGGAGUUGUGAUGGCAGAACAAUUGCUAAUGGAGAAUGUGAUAAAACCAUCAAAACUAUUUCUUUAGUUAUUUUUAAGUUAG